GGCUGGAGGAGGAGGGACGCUUUUCCAGGAAAACCAGACACAGCUCUAUUCUAAUCGCAUUUUUGAAAAGCCCACUUUGAUGCAUAGUGAGGGAGUUUCCCUCUCUACCUGAGAUAUUUAGCUGGGGGAAAGCGCCGUCCUAGAUGCAGACUGAGCGGAUUGCGGCAAUCAAAGCGUCUUGAAUGAUCGGAGCUCAGCAGCAGCAGCAGCAGCAACAGCAUCACAUUGUAUGAAAUGCGUCACCGCGAUCCAGUUUUCCCAUUUACACACAUCGGCUCGCCACUCACGGACCGCUUCCCGCACUGACUGUUUCAUCAGGUAACCACAUGCGCGGGCCGGUGUCACCGCGCUGAGCCCGGAGAGCACGAAGGGUACAGGGGUCAGUGAGACUUGGAGUGGCCGGGAAAACGAGGACCGGAUGACAGCCAGAACCGCCGAGGCCUCGGGGCUGUCGGUGCCGCUGCACCGCUGUCACGGGGGGUUCCAGGCCAGUAACGGCACCUGCGCGGAGCAGCUCAGCCUCUUUCCGCCGUUCUCCUCCACCCUCGCGCUUCUCGUGCUGGUGGCCGUGCUCGUGGGGAUCGUCCUCGUUUCCCUGGCAACCUUCCACUUCCACAAGAGGAAGCUUCGGAAUAGGAAGAUCCAACGCGCGCAGGAGGAGUACGAGCGCGACAGUCGCAACCCCGCGCGCGGCGGGGCGAGCGGGGAGCCCGUGAGGCCGUGCGUCAUCGUCCGACCAGUGAGAUGUGAGGAGAAGCUCUCGUGUCAGAGCGCGGAGAGCGGGGACGUGGAGGUGGAGGACAAACAGGCGCUGCACGAGACAGUUUCUCUUGACUGUUAACUUAGUGCAACUUCAGGGAACGAGACUGUGGAAUAAACAGGAAAAGCAAUAAGGCACAAAGAACUCCCACACCCAUCUCUGCUGCUUGUAGAUGAAUUAGGAAAAAAAUGCAGAAUACUGAGCAGAAUAGGCCUAGAGGUAACAUUUCACGGACACACAGAUUAGCUGUGAUGCCACACACCUCCCUAAAACACCACUAUUUAGCCAAUUCCUUUUGGGACUAUGUAAAGUAUUUGCCUGCUUUGACUUUUGGGCCUCCCUCUUUCCCCUUUCCCCCCCAGCCCUAAAAUGUUGUUUAAACCUCAAAUAUGUUGAAACUUUAAAUCCUCCCCGGGAUGUGCACAUGGUUGUGUUUAAAUUAUUGAGAGCUGGUGAGAUAACACAGACCAUAAUGGCUCGCUGAUCUUCCUUGGCAUGUCCUCUGACACACUACCAGUAUGUAGUUAGUCUAUAAUGGAUGUUGUGGUGCUGUUAGGCAGUGCAAAGCUGCACAUAGGCUAUAGACAACGGCUUAUUUGUUUGCUGUAGUAUUUUUCCUUCAAUCAAGUGACUUAGCAUAUUUGCAUAAAGUACUGUCCUCCAAUGUCUGUUAGACAUCUGUAGGUAGCUCUAGUUAGCCUGACAGGAUGCAAAACCUUUUUGCUGUAGUUAUGCACAUAAGAUAGUUUCUUUUUUCCUUUAAAGUGUCUUUAACGUAAAUCUUUGGCGCUAAUACAGUAUUUUCAUUUUUGAGUAUUUAUAAUGUAUUCUCUGAGAUGUAAUAAAUUGAGAAAUCUUCCAAGAGAGGCUUUCAGUUGAAGCCAGUCUUUUUUCUCUCUCUCUUUCUCUCUCCUGAUCCUUAAUAUUGUAUAAUAGUGGGCCUACUAGAAAUUCUGUGUCAUUUAUUAUAUGAAUUCACUGUAAAUGUAUGCCAUUAUGAGAGCUGGAAUGUUUGCAGUAACACCAUCUUUCUGGAGUUCAUAUAACCUGCCUUAUCAAAGGAAAAUGUGUAAUAUUCAA